GUAUCUUAUAGGUAAGACUAAUGAAACUGGCAGCUUCUUGUGUCUCAAAGGAUGUGAUGGAUGAAUUGAGCAAAGAAAUGAUGUAUUUCAUAAGGAUUUCUAAGCAAAUUCUACAAUGGAUGAUUUAUGGAUUCGAAUUGGAUGGAUAGAUCAAAUGUUACGAUCAUGUACUUGAAUUGAAUCUAUCGUUUCGAUCCAUCAAUAACAAAAUCAUCAACUUGCUUGACUAAGCUCCUCUCAUCGCUUUGAAUAGAAGCUGCAGUACACUCUAUACCCUAUUGUAACAUUGAUCUAAUCUAUCUCUUUUUAUUGUUCUCUUUUUGCAGUCAUGGGUGCCUACAAGUAUCUCGAAGAACUUGCCAGAAAGAAGCAAUCUGACGUCUCUCGUUUCUUGCUCCGUGUCCGUUGUUGGGAAUACAGACAAUUGAACGUCAUUCACCGUGCUUCUCGUUCUUCCCGCCCUGAUAAGGCUCGUCGUUUGGGUUACAAGGCCAAGCAAGGUUUCGUUAUCUACCGUAUCCGCGUUCGUCGUGGUGGUCGUAAGAGACCUGUUCCCAAGGGUGCUACUUACGGUAAGCCCGUCAACGAAGGUGUUUCUCAACUCAAGUACCAACGUUCCCUCCGUUCUACUGCUGAAGAACGUGUUGGCCGUAAGUGCGCCAACUUGCGUGUCUUGAACUCCUACUGGAUCAACCAAGAUGCUACCUACAAGUACUACGAAGUUAUCCUCGUUGACCCCUCUCACAAGGCUAUCCGUCGUGAUGCUCGCAUCAACUGGAUCGCCAACCCCGUCCACAAGCGUCGUGAAGCUCGUGGUUUGACUGCCGUUGGUAAGAAGUCCCGAGGUCACAACAAGGGUCACCGCUUUAACAACACCAAGGGUUCUGGUCGUCGUGCCACCUGGAAGCGUCGCAACACCCUUUCUCUCCGUCGUUACCGUUAA